GCCGUCCUGCGCGCACACCGAGCCCAGGGAGCCAGCGAGCGGGCGCAGCGCGAGCGGGCAGCCGGGCUGUCGGCCGGGAAGCCGCGGAGGCACCAGGCAGCGGCGGGGCGGGGGAGCCCCGGCGGGCUGAGCGGGCGGUGGGCACCCGCGCCCGCCGCCGAGGCAGCGGAGGCCCGAGGACCACGCGGCGGGCGCACCGGGCAGCCGGGGCGCAGGCGGGCAGGGCGCACGGCCGGCCAGCCCCCGGCGCCGGAAUCCGCGCUGCGCGCAGCUCUCCCGAGACCCCGGGCGCCCAUGACGGCCGCGGCGACCGUGCUCAAGGAGGGCGUGCUGGAGAAGCGCAGCGGCGGGCUGCUGCAGCUCUGGAAGCGGAAGCGCUGCGUGCUCACGGAGCGCGGGCUGCAGCUCUUCGAGGCCAAGGGCGCGGGCGGCCGGCCCAAGGAGCUCAGCUUCGCCCGCAUCAAGGCCGUGGAAUGCGUGGAGAGCACCGGGCGCCACAUCUACUUCACGCUGGUGACCGAGGGCGGCGGCGAGAUCGACUUCCGCUGCCCUCUCGAGGAUCCUGGCUGGAACGCGCAGAUCACCCUCGGCUUGGUCAAGUUCAAAAACCAGCAGGCCAUCCAGACAGUGCGGGCCCGGCAGAGCCUCGGGGCCGGGACCCUUGUGUCCUAAACCGCCAGGCUCACUGUCUUAACCCUCAUGCCCCCCGCCGAGGUGCACGCAGGGCCCAGAGGUCAGGAGGAGCCCUCUUCAGAGAAGAGCUUGAGCAGGAAGCGGGGCAGAAAAGCAGCCUCCCUCAGCCUCCCUCUCUUCAGCAUCCCUGUGCCUUUGGGCUCAUAGGGGCGCCACCCUGCUCCAUUUGGCAAGGCAGAAGCCAUGGUCUGUGGAGGAGGCGUUGCAGCUGAAGGAAUGGAUGGGGUCUGGGAGGAGGGCAGAAGGCCACACAGGGCUGAGGAUGAAGAUUCAGUCCCUGGACGUAAUCGACUCUCAGGACGUACCAGCUGUGGUCUUCUAGCCACAGGCCUGCCUCAUCGGUCAUGAUGGAGGGCUGGCCUCAAAGCCCCUGCCCGCAGUGGCCCUGCCAUUUGUCCUGCAGACUGCUGCUCCUCCCCGGCAUGGUGCCGUGCCCAGAGGAGGGCAUUCCCCCGUGGAGCGCUGACCCGGUGCCUCAGGACUCAGGAGACCAGCGUGGUACCCAGGAGAGGAACAGCCCUGGGAUUGCCUCUGGACUCACCUUGGUGGGGAGGGGGUGGCUGAUGGGCCUGUGGCCCGCACCUGGGGGUCUCCUGCUGCUUAGGUCCUUCUGGGACCCCCACCUGUCCAGGCUUCUCUUUGCACACAUGUUCCCCCACCUCCUUCCCUCUUGCCCCCGCAGUGGUGUUAGCCCUGGAGGUGGUGGGGUAGGAUGGGGUCUGGCCGUUACCAUUUCAUGUCUAUCUCAAAAUGAAGAUGCCCCACAAAGGGCAGUGACCACACUG